ACGUCGGACUUGUUUAGGCGAAGGACAGCUGGGAGGGGGUGGUUUGAAAAAAACAAAAAAAGGGGGGGGAACUAAGGAAGGAGCCGCACAUUCGCCCUCAUGGGGUCCCGGUGGAGGCAGGCGCUCCACCUGGGGCGGAAGGCGCGCUCCGUAUUCGUUGGGACCCCGGUUGGCUCCUUGGCGCCCCGACCGGCCAGGUUUCUUCAGGCCACGGCCGUGCCCUGCUCCUCGCUCCGAGGGGGGCCUGGCAGUGGCUCGAGUGAGGGAAGGAGAGGUGGGGGCGGCCGCGGUCGUAACUGGGGGGCUGGAGACGGGGGCGAUGAUGAUGAUGAAGAAGAAGAAGACGACCUAGACAAGGAAGAACUGGAGCUGGACCCAGAGGAUGAGGAGCUGCUGAAGUCGGAGUUGCCCCCUCUGCCGUCGGGCCACCAGAAGGUGUUUGUGGUGCAUCCCGCGGUGAAAUGGGGGCCCGGCCGGCCGAGGCUCACCACAGCUGAAUUGCAACUAGAUGAAGCUGUUGCUCUCAUAAACACCAUUCAAGAUUGGACUGUGGUGGAUAAAAUAAUUCUCCCCACAAAAACUCCUGAGAAAAAAACUAUCUUUAGUGACCAGAAUUUUCAACUUCUUACUGAAAAGAUUAAAGGAGUGGUAGAUGCAUCUUCCGUCUUCGUAAAUGUAGAAAGGCUAUCUCCUCUAUCAAAAAAAGAACUUGAAGAAGCCUGGGGACUGGAGGUUUUUGACAGAUACUCAGUUGUCCUUCAUAUUUUCCGACGCAACGCUCGAACUAAAGAGGCAAAGCUUCAGAUAGCAUUGGCUGAAAUUCCACUUCUAAGGACAGGUUUGAGAAGCAAGGUUGCUCAGUUGGAUCAGCAAAGAGGUGGCUCAAGAUACAUUAUGGGUUCAGGUGAAACUUUCAUGGAGACACAGCUUCGACUCUUGAAAGAAAAGACCCAUAAAAUUCGAAAAGCUCUUGAGAAACUAAGGAAAAAAAGACAAUUACUUAGGAAUUGGCGGCAGAAACGUGAAUUUCCUACUAUUUCAGUAAUGGGCUACACUAAUUGCGGGAAAACCACUCUAAUCAAGGCCCUUACUGGGGAUGCAGGAUUACAGCCUGAAGAUAAACUCUUUGCCACACUGGACAUUACAGUCCAUGCUGGCUAUCUGCCGUCAUCCUUGACUGUUCUGUACGUUGACACUAUUGGAUUUCUCUCUCAGUUGCCCCAUGACCUUGUUGAAUCAUUUUCAGCUACCUUAGACGAUGUCGCCUGUUCGGAUUUAAUUGUCCAUGUCAGAGAUAUUAGCCAUCCGGAAACUAACCUUCAGAAGGAGACUGUAGUAUCAGUUCUCAGAAAUCUGAAUCUUCCCAGCCACCUACUGGAAACCAUUAUUGAAGUUCAUAACAAAGUGGAUUUAAUAGAUGGAUACCGUCCCACUGAACCAAAUGCUAUAGUCAUUUCAGCUCUCCUUGGACAUGGAUUAGAAGAGUUGAAAGAAGAAAUUGAUAGCAAAAUUUUGAAAAUUACUGGGAAAAACCUUCUGAGAAUUAAAAUUAAUUUAUAUGGACCUCAGCUCAAUUGGCUCUACAAAGAAGCAACGGUACAAAAUGUUGAGGUUGAUCCCGAAGAUGGUACAGCCAAUGUAGAAGUGAUCAUAAGCAAUGCUGCCUUGGGUAAAUAUAAAAAACUAUUUCCUCAAUCAAAAUAUGUCUCGCAAAAUUAACACAAUGUAAUUUCAUCACGGGAGCUAGCCCCAGCUGAAGGGGUACUGCACUAUUUUUUAUACAGGUGAAAUAAAGUGUAAGAUCCAGUAGGCUACAGAAUUUCCUGUGUUUUGUUCAAAUUGACCAGCCUCUACCACUUGCAAUGAAAUAAUGACAACAUCUGUAAAAAACCUUCAUUGUGGAAUGUUACAAUACACUUUUGACACCUUUUGUGGGGAAUCAUAUUCAGGAAUACCCAGUACAAUGUAGUGAAUAGAGUGGUAGACUAGGAAUUAGGAGGCUUGGAUUCAAAUCCUCAUUCAGCCAUGGAAGUUCAUGGGGGCAUAAAACUUGUAAAACCACUCCUUAGAUAUCUCACUCAACUUGAUGGCACACAACAACACAUACAAGAAAUGAUCAAAGAUAGUUGUUCCGUAUCAUCUAGGAUCUUAGAUGUUAGCUUUCUCUAUAGCACUGACCCAGUCUUGGCAGAUCUUAUGCAAGGCUAGUUUUUAAUUUAAUCAGUGCUCAGACAUGUUUCUUUCUAUUGAAGAUAAUCAAACACAAUCUAUGGCACAAAUCCUAUUGCUUAGUAUAGUAAGAGGGUUUGUUUGCUUCCCCUCCCCUUCUAGUUUUUAUAUUGUUAGCAGUGUUAGGUCCUCUUGAGGAGAAAGGUCAUGUAUAAAUGAGUCAACUUU